AUGUACCGCAUCUCAAAGAUAGACGAGCAGGUGAAUGCCAAAAAUGCACAAACGGCAAACUGGAUGUACAAGGUACCAAAGAUUAACGAGCACAGCAGCGAGAUCAUGGAGAGCGAGCCGUCAAUGAGGUUGAUGGUGGCAAUCGACCAGAAAGAGAUGCACGACAUGGUGGACGGGGUGUUUGUUGUGCCCAUCUGCUUGAUAAAGAGCCAGAUUUGGGCACUCAUGAGCGCAAUUCCCAAAAGCAGCACGUUCUUCACUCUAUUCUGCUGGACCUCAUCCCGCGGCCCGGCGGACUGUGGUAUGUUGAUCGAGAGACCGCAGUCUGGUGAUCAAAUUUGUAGAACUGAAGUGCAUGUAGGCUAUGAAUUCGCACAUGGAGCUUCGUCCCAGUUUCUCCUCGACUGUAGUAAGGUCCAUAUCGUCCAGACUGGUCUUAUUGACGACGCUCUCCAACAAAACCUGCGUCUGGUUGAAAUAGCGGUCGUCCUGCAAGUUGAGGUGGGGCAACCCGUAAAUGCCCGCAAAUUUCCCCGACGUUGUGACGGCGACAAGAUUGCCUGUUUGCUCGUGGUAGACACCGUGCAAUUCGAUCGUGUGACCGUGCUGUUCGUCGUUAUCGCUUAUUCUGACGUUUAA